UGCUUCAUUCAUUCAUUAAAUGUCGUAAAAAAACUAACAAUGAGUGUUCGCGCAUUUCUUCCGCUGGCGAUGCUCGCCCUGCUGCAAGUAUUCUUCAAUCCUGUACAAAGUAAAACGACCAUGGAGCAGUUGCAGAAAACGGGCGAAAUUAUGCGCACCGUGUGUCUCGGGAAGUCGAGGGCAUCGCUGGACCAGGUGGAGGCGCUCUCCCGGCGGGAGGAACAGCUUCCGGAAGGAAAGGAGAUCAUGUGCUACGCAAACUGUGUGCUCGAGAUGAUGCAGGCGAUGCGGAAAGGAAAGGUGAUAGUGGAUAGUGCGAUCAAACAGAUCGACAUGAUGCUCCCGGAGGAUAUCGCUGAGCCAACGGUAAAGGCCUUCAACAUGUGCAGAAACUCUGCGGAUGGUAUCAAAAAUAACUGUGAAGCUGCGUAUGCCUUUCUGAAGUGUAAUAGGGAUAAUAAUCCCAAGUUUUUCUUUGCGUAUAUGCGAUAUCUAGUGAUUUUAGCCAUCGGCUCAUACGUAUCCAUAACAGGGUUGGACCACGUGUCUGGUACGAUGACCGUUGAAGACAUGAGCCGAGUCGCCAAAGUGAUGCGAAACAUUUGUCAACCAAAGUUCGGGAUUCCGGAAGAUGUUGCUUCCGCUGCUUCCAAAGGAGUAUUUCCGGACACACCGGAGUUUAAGUGCUACGCUUCCUGUUUAAUGGAUCUAACACAAACUUCGAAAAAAGGCAAGCUCAACUACGACGCUGCGUAUGCUCAGGUUCAGCUUCUCCCCGAGGAAUACAAGGAACCGUUCCGAAUCGGGCUGGAUUCGUGCAGGUAUGCCGCCGACGGAAUCGAAGACAAGUGCGAAGUUGCCUACGUGCUGUUGACCUGCUUCUUCAAAGCAACGCCCAAGUUCUUUUUCCCGUAGGGAAUCGGUGCAUGAAGGCGUAGUUUAAGGAUGUUUUUAAAAUUAUAGAGAUGUGCUUGCAGUA